GAAUAGGUCCGGGAUGCCUCCCGGGAGGAGAGUGCCGCUAACAGGAUCUCGACUUCCCUAGAGCGUUCUGUUCCCAAGUCUGCGCAGGUUGCAGCUAUGCGCUCAGUGAUGGCAUUUCCAAGCGCAAGCAAUUAAAGGGGCAGGUCCUUUUAGCGCAGUAGCUUGUGCUUCCUCCGUCCUCCUGGCGGCGGAGUUUUUGUGCAGGGAGUGACGACAGGCUGGCUGCCCUGCUGUGGUCUCCUCCCUCCCCAUCAUCCACUAAGAUCUCGAGUGGCGUAGCAGUACUCUAUGGGGGCUCAACAUUGCAGAAGAUUCCUUCCUAGCGUAAAUCUGUGGGCUCGGGUGGGUGUCUUGGGCACUCUGGCUUACUGGGCACACAGCACGAGGAGAGCCCUGGCCGAACCGAGAGAGAGCAAAAUGCCGCUCGGCAAAGACCAGUCUGAGCUGAAACUGGUGCAAGUUCUCUUUCGGCACGGAGCCCGCACGCCUCUCAGACCUAUCCCGGAUGUCGAACAGGUGAAGUGGGAUCCUGCUCUUCUGGAGAUCCCUGCUCAAACAAAGUUUGACUACACAGUAACUGAUCUAAGUGGUGGACCAAGACCUUAUUCUGUUUAUGAGGAAAACUACAAGAAAACAACACUGAAGGGCGGAGUGAUUGCAGGGCAGCUGACCAAAGUGGGCAUGAAGCAAAUGUUUGCACUCGGGGAACGGCUAAGGAAACGUUACAUUGAGGAGGCCAGUUUCCUCUCUCCAGCAUUCAAACCUUCUGAAGUCUUUGUUCGUUCCACUAAUAUUGUUCGGAAUCUGGAGUCCACACGAUGUUUGCUAGCUGGGCUGUUCCAACAGCAGAAAGAAGGACCUAUCACCAUCGUCACAGAUGAGUCUGAAUCUGAAAUUCUGUAUCCCAAUAUACAGAACUGCAAACGACUGAAGCUUGUGAACAGGGAUAGAUUUGCCAGUGUGACUUUGCAGCCAGGCAUUUCUGAUGACCUGAAGACAAUUAAAGAAAAGAUGGGCAUUGACAGUGAAAAGCCAGUGGAUUUUUUUCUCCUCUAUGACAAUCUCUUUGCAGAACAGGCACAUGAUCUACCGAGCUGCCCUGUUCUUAAGAAUUUUCUGCAAAUUAUUGAGCAGAGGGCCAUUGACUCACUCCUUUAUAUCACAGGAUACAAUUUAAGGGAGACUCUUCAGAUGUCUGUGGGUCCUCUUCUCUAUGCAAUACAGAAGAACAUUAGGGAGGCAAUAGAUCCUCCCUCUCCCAGUAUAAAAGCCAGGAAGCUCAUUCUGUAUGCUGUUCAUGAUGUUACCCUCUUCCCAUUACUGAUGGCUCUGGGAGUCUUUAAUUUCAAGUGGCCUCCAUAUGCUGCAGAUGUGACACUGGAACUUUACCAGCAAUCCAAAGACUGGUUUAUACGGCUAACCUAUAAUGGAGAGGAAUUGGUCCCAAGAGGAUGCAGAGCUGGUCUCUGUCCACUAGAGGACUUUCUGAAUGCCCUUUCAACAUAUACUGCAAAUCCUGCAGAAUAUAAGACACUGUGCUCCCAAGCAGGACGUGCUGAUGAUGGAUAACUGAUUAGCAAUACUAAAUUAUUCUUAAGACUUCAUAUUUUUCUAAAUAUCAUAAAAACAAAAUAACAUGCUUAA